AUGGACCAGUCUCCAGAACCAACCUCCGUCUACCGCGUCUUCGGUCCUACAACCACUGUAACCGGCAUAGCCGCUGCUGCAGAUGCCAAUGUGCGCUCGGAGAAAAAAACGCCCUUAGCACAAGCUUAUCUGCCUGUCCAACAAUCACACGUUGGCCGGUUUGGCAAAGGUAUCGACUCCGAGAGGUCCAAGACGACCCAAAAGGUGGAACCUGGCAAACUCCUGUGGCCCCCCUCAUUCAUCUCACUCAUUCGCAAAGUUUCCUUCAAAUUGAUUCCAUCGCUUCGAAACUCGAAAGUCACAUCAUCCAGGUGGGCUUACAAUAUCGCGUCUCGAUGA